UGGAGGGAAGAGCAGCGGCCCGAAGCUAGCGGAGGCUGCUAGAGGAGCGGGGAGGAGAUCCCCAAGGUGGCCGCCGCUGUCCCCUUGCGGCGGGCGGCCCCCGCAGGGAUGGGAGGCAGAGAGGCGGCGGUGAUAGGAGGCUGCUCCCCGAGUUGGCUCUAAGAAGGCGCUCGCCCGUCCUCCAGUAGCCUGGGAUGGCAGCCCGAAAGAACCACCACUCGGCCCGGGAGAAGUACCAGCUUCCUCCUGCAGCAGGGAACCAUAAAAUUCAACCUUGGACAGCAGUUACAAACCAAGCUUUAGAUGUUGCAUGGAGAACAGUAAAGGGACCAGUGAUGUUGGGCAUAUCAUUUCUCGCUGCCACCCUCUGCUACUUCAGAAGUCUAUUUUUAUAUUUAGGACACCGGUUGAAAUGGUGGAGUGGAUACCUGCAGAGAAAAUUCAAAAAAAACCUCAGUGUGGAGGCAGAAGUUGAUCUCCUUGGUUAUUGUGCAAGAGAAUGGAAAGGAGAAACAAGCCGAGCCAAGCUGAUGAGGAAGGCUUAUGAGGAACUCUUUUGGCGUCAUCAUAUUAAAUGUAUUCGGCAAGUCAAAGGAGAUAAUUAUGAUGCAUUAAGAUCAGUCCUAUUUCAGAUACUCAGCCAGGGCCUCUCUCUUCCAUCCUGGAUGAAAGAAAAAGACAUUGUAAAGCUUCCUGAAAAGCUACUCUUUUCGCAAGGUUGUAAUUGGAUUCAACAAUACAGCUUUGGCCCUGAGAAAUAUACAGGCCCAAAUGUGUUUGGGAAAUUACGUAAAUGUGUUGAAUUAUUAAAGAGUCAGUGGACAGAGUUUAAUGGUAUUAAGGACCAGCACAAGAGAGGGAACAUGUGUAACAGCCUUUUUUCUGAUGAGAGCCUAGAAUACAAGCUAUAUGAAGCUUUAAAAUUCAUCAUGUUAUAUCAAGUGAUUGAAGUAUAUGAACAAGUGAAGAGUGAAAAGGCCAUUCCCAGUCUCUAUCGCCUCCUGUUUUCCAGGGAAACAUCCUCAGAUCCUUUAAGUUUCAUGAUGAAUCACCUGAAUUUUAUAGGUGAUACAUGUGGAUUACAACAGAUUGACAUGUUGAUUCUUGGACACUCUCUUGAAGUCAGAAUAAAAGUGUUUAGACUGUCUAAGUUUAAUACCAGAGACUUUCAAGUCUACUAUCCAGAAGAACGCCACAGAGAAUGGCCUGAGAUCUGCCUUCUGACUGAAAAUGACCGCCACUACCAUAUUCCUGUCUUCCAAGUAUGAGAUAGAAUUGGUACUAUUGUCUACAAUAGCAAUGAACAUGCUUAAAAUAAAGUGUUGCAUGAAAACCAAAGCUUAUGUCUGGCCACUAAAGGAACUGAAUGCUUUUCUUUCCCCUUCUGGUGUUAUAGGUUGUGAUGGAUAAUACCUUUGUUAUUAUUUUGGGUGUAUGGUUUCUUCAAAAGGACACUGAGAACUAGGAUUUAUUGGAAUUUUUUGACCUAGUUCAUAAGGGAUCUGGCUGUUCAAAAUGCCUUUGAAUGGCACAGAAUGUUGAUCAAAAAAAUGAGUCUACAGUUAAUGUAGAAAAACUGACUUUUUACAAGUAUACAAGCUAAAAAUAUUGGGACAUUGUUAAGCAUAACCUCAGUAAAAGAAAAAUAUUACUUGGGAAUCUUUCCAUUGCUUAUUAUUGAUUUGACCUUAGCAUUAUCAUCUCCAUCCAUCAGGAAUCUCCAUGGUACUUUGGUUUUCUACAAUCAUUUUCUUGACUUUUUAGAAAAAAAAGAGCAUGCAAGUGGGGAAACUACUUUUAUGCUAUGUUGUAUGAAUCUUUUUUAUAUUAUUUUCAACUUUUGUGGCUGGAUCUAAUUGAUUUAACAUUAUGUGUGCAAAAAUGAAUGUUUCUAUUAAAUAUUCCAUAGUUUGAAGCAAACAUGAUACAGAUACUGUACUGUUUCUGAAAUGUCAAGCUGUUAUACAUCAUAUGAAUUUUAAUGGGGAAUUACAUGCUUUUUGAAGUUUC